GGGACACGCGCUUUUAAAAACAUUAAAAGAAUAAAAAAAAAAGGAAGAAAGUUGAAAAGUCAUGUUUGCUCCUCUGGGUCUCUCAAAUCGUCUCCUCCGCCAUGCGAACUCAAAAACUCAAUACCUCUCUCUUCUCCUUCUUCUUCUUUUAGUUUAACUUUUUGAUUUACUUAUUCGAAUCUACGGUAUCAGAUUCAAAUCGAGCCUUAGGUUUUUACAGCUUCCGUGUAGCGUUAGCUCCUGCUUCCACUUGUCGUCGUCUUCACACGAUGACUGAGAACUGGGAAUUUGUUCGAUUAUGUCUUCAAAAGCGUGCUCUCGUGUUUCUUCUGGUGAUUUUGAGCUUCGGUUCUUCCUAUUCGUUGAAAUUUCAUGGUGGUGGUUUUCUCGAAUUCGUGACGAAUGAUCUAUUGUCAUCAGAUAGAGAUGCUGAAGAUUUGAGAGCAGUUGGUUUUCACAGGAAAUUACUUGGCCGUUUUCGUAACCCGUACACCCAUUUGAAUUCUUUCAAGGGUCGCCCUGUGGCAAGAGUUACUCCUCCGUCAUCUUCUCCGAGACCUAUUGCCACUACUAAAUCCUCAACAUCACCUCCGCCACAACAAAGUCCUCCUGCACGACAUGUUUCCGCUCCACCUCCUUUUGUGCCCCUUGUGAAUUUUCCUAGCCUACGAAAAAGCUCCAAACCUUCUUCAAACAACUCGGUUCCUAUAGUGGCUGGCUGCUUUGGUGGUGCUGUGUUUAUCAUCCUUUUAGCUACUGGUGUCUUCUUUUUCAAAACUAAGGCUGGGAAAUCUGUGAAUCCUUGGCGUACAGGUCUUAGUGGACAGCUUCAGAAAGUGUUCAUAACUGGUGUCCCCAAACUCAAAAGAUCUGAGAUCGAAGCUGCCUGUGAAGAUUUCAGUAAUGUCAUUGGGUCUUGUCCCAUUGGUACAUUGUUCAAAGGGACACUAUCAACUGGGGUGGAGAUAGCUGUGGCUUCUGUUGCUACUGCCUCUGCCAAAGAAUGGACAAAUAACAUAGAAAUGCAGUUCAGAAAGAAGAUCGAAUUGUUAUCCAAGAUAAACCACAAGAAUUUUGUCAACCUUCUUGGCUACUGUGAAGAAGAUGAACCUUUCACUAGGAUCUUGGUCUUUGAAUACGCAUCAAACGGAUCAGUCUUUGAACAUUUACACUAUAAAGAGUCAGAGCACUUGGACUGGAUAAUGCGGCUAAGAAUAGCAAUGGGCAUAGCAUAUUGUCUUGACCAUAUGCACGGGCUCAAACCACCUAUAGUCCACAGCAGUCUUCUCUCAUCAUCAGUUCAACUCACAGAGGACUACGCAGUCAAAAUUGCAGAUUUCAAUUUCGGGUACCUAAAAGGCCCAUCAGAGACGGAAAGCAGCACCAAUGCACUCAUAGAUACAAACAUUACAGAAACAACACAAGAAGACAAUGUUCACAGCUUUGGGUUGCUGUUGUUCGAAUUGAUGACUGGAAAACUCCCAGAGUCGGUUAGGAAAGGCGACUCAAUAGAUACUGGAUUGGCUGAUUUCUUGAGAGGAAAGACCUUAAGGGAGAUGGCGGAUCCAACAUUGGAAUGUUUUGACGAGAAGAUUGAGAGUAUAGGCGAAGUGAUCAAAAGCUGCAUAAGGGCAGACCCGAAACAGAGACCGACAAUGAAGGAAGUGACAGGGAGAUUACGGGAGAUCACAGGGUUAUCACCAGACGAUGCGAUUCCAAAACUUUCAGCUCUCUGGUGGGCAGAGCUGGAAGUGCUGUCCACAGCGUGAAGAGACGACGACUACUCUGCUUCACAACAAAUCUGUAAGUAUUAAUAUGAAGAUUGAGUGAGGUUUUUUGAGUCUCUUUGGAAGCUCUCAUGGCUUCUCUUUAGGCUACUUUCAUCUAUAUAUAUAAAAUCUAUGGAACUUAGUUUAUAUAAAAAAAAGAUCCGAUGGAUCCAUUUGCUCUUAUAUGUGUCAGUAAACAGAACAGAUCCGAGUCUCACGGUAAGACCCCUUUUUUUGGUGUGCAUAAUUGUGGAUGGUGGUUACUGUGUUUGUAAAUUAGUUACUACGUUCUUUUAAAUCUUGAAAUCAUCAGUUUCUGGAGUA